AUGGGGCUUGAGCUCUGUUUUUGGCAGUGCUGGGGUCAAGGGAACCAAGUGGGUUUCCAAGCAGAUCUGCAGACUUGGAGAAAUGAGUGUGAAGUAGCUCCUGAAAACUGCCCUUGGGAAAUGCAAUGUGUUGGUUGGGAGGGAAAGGGCUCGGCUCUGAUCCGUAAGUCUCAUGGCAGCACUUUGGCGAUCAAUGUCUUUACAACAAAACUUUACUCUGACGGAGCUAUUCCCUGCGCUGAUGCUAAACCAGCAACACCGUCGCUGCGGGGGGACAUCUCCGCCUCGGGUGCCGAUCUGGCAGGGUGUUUCCAUGUCCAACAUGACCCUCCUUGCUACCUGAGCAGUGAAGAUGGUAAAGCCCCUAGAAAUUUUGUUGAAACGGCAAGUAACAAAUUACUGGGAAACCUAAAGCUGCAGUCGGUUCUGGACCCUGACCUGGAGGAGCUGCAGAGAAGCAGCCACCUGCUUGGAUGGGAGACAUUCAAGGACUUCUAUAGCUCCAGUGACUAUGAUGAGUAUGUGCCCAUGUCGGAUGACUUCAAGGAACUUCUUCGCCAGGUAGAAGAAGCUAUUCAGAGGGGCAGGGAAGGAGCAGGAAUCGCAGACCCCACAGGAUCAAACAGUUUUCCCUGGGCCAAGUAUCCCAGAAGAAAACGGGAAUCUCUGGGCUUGGCGGGAACGUGUUGCAAAUGGGGCUGUACAAAAGCUGAAAUCAGUGCUAUAUGCAGGGUAUAA